CGGCGCAUUUAUUUAUUAUAGUUAUAAUUUAUUAUAGUUAUCGUCAUCAUCAUCGGCAGCAGCAUAAAUGCCAUUGGUAUUGGUAGAAUCAUCGUUAUCGUCGCAUUAUCACUGGGUGGGAGACAGUUGGCGUGUGUACAAGCAGAACAGGACGUUUUACUCGUAUUAGUCACUUUGAUUUUUAUUGGUACCGUACAGCGAAACCACAAUGUUAUGGGUAUUUUUAAAAUGACGACCAAUUAAAGAUGUCUGGGGAUGUUUUCUCUCCUUGUUCGUUGCCAAAAAAAACGAAUGUCCAAUUGUGGUCAGAUCUUGUGAUAUUCUCGGUCACAGAAAUUUAAACCGGCUGACAUUGAUUUAAACCAAGACACCAGGCCAACUCGGAGGACUCCAAUGCCUCUUAUUGUUCGAUGACGUUGCCCAUGACCAAAGAAUCCUCUAGGGGCUAAGAGCAUGCACAGCUGGACCAACUGUGAUUCCCAUCUGCCGCCAACACUCGAACACGUAUUAUGCGUUCUGAUUAUUAACCCUGAACAUUGAAACUAGCACACACAAACGUUUUCAUCUUGAGUAUGUAGUAUUCUUAUUGUAUCGCUUGUGUACUCAGGAAACACUCUUUUUCAAUAGGGUCUCGCCAAGUGUUCGCACUCAACCGGCAAUGUUGCUGCUGUGUAAUCCCCAUGGAAUCCUUUUGCAGUUAAAUUUUCAACAUUGAGAUUUUUGGCCAAUACCAGUUAUGAAGUGUGUUUUUUCUUCAUUUCACGGUAAAGCCUCGAUACCUUCAAGUCAUGAAGCAGCAUCUUUCUUUUUGUAUGCCUCUUGGCCUCUUUCCCAAGAGCCUGCCUUGCAGAAAUGUGUUUACCAAGCUCUCACCUCUGAGAAUGUGCCCAAUCAACAUUUAAUUUUUUUCUGGAUUGUUCCACUCACACUUGUCUCCUCCUGAACAUGCUCAAUAACGUCAUCAUUGACUCUUUCUUUCCAGACAACUGAUUUUCACUAUUUAAUUCCAUUAAACAAACAUACAUUUCAUGAGUGUUAGUCAGGGCUACGAGGUGGCCCCCCAGGUGGCAGUCCAGCAAGCAGCCACUGACCUGUCUGUAUAUAUUUAGCAUAAUUUAUUUGGAUAUAGUCCACGCUAUUACUGCAUUGUAAAAAUACCCAAUGUGGAAUUGACCCAACCAUCGCAAUGCAGUACACUCGUUAAGAGCCUUUAGAUUCAAUGAGGAAAUUCCUUGGUUGAUUAAGGUCAUUAUUAUUAUUAUCAAACUGGCGGAGAACAGUAGCGUGGUGGUUAUCGCGUUGCGCUAUGAACCCGACGACCUGAGUUCCAUUCCCGGCCAUGGCUAAGAUCAGUGGCGAGUAAAUAUCUAAAGUGAUCCUGGCCAUUCCGUUGACUAACCCGCACUGGACAGCGUGGUGAAGUACGGUCAAACAACCCCCACGAUUGAAAGGCUUGGGGAUGUCUUCAUCCGUCAGUGGGUUGGUAAUAAAAAAAGCUGUAUAUUAAUAUAUAGUAAUAUAUACUGUACUUCCUAUUAAACCAGCUAAUGUGGAAGCAUGAUUUUUUUUAUCUAUUAGUUUUUUUUUUGCUAGACAAAUAAAGGACUGUUGUAUUAUUACUAAACAAUAUGACCCCACCGAGAACACAAUGACCCCUGUGCAUAGUGGACGCUGUUCCUUUGCCGUUUUUCACUCCGCACACACAACAACAACAAAAGACGGACAGCCGGAGGAGCUGGCUCCGUAUGCGGCUCGGCACCAACCCGAGGUUGACAUCGAUUUUCCUGAGUCGAUUUGCGAAUCUGCAGCUGCUGCCACUGCUACUGCCGCACAGAUCUCUGCGCACGCGCCCAAACCGCCCGUCCCCACGUGGUGCAAUCGGCAACGUCCUCGUGCUUCGCACGGAGAGUGUGCACAAUUGUGACACCGUAACUGCUUGUCCAGGAGAUGAAGCAAUUUGCCUUUUCUGAUGCACCGCAUUGCAAAGUGCUGUCCCUCACUGCAAGUCACAAUCUGCUGCAUUUCCCAUUUUUCUGUCCGUUCCUUCCAAAAGUGGCCAUUUGCCUGUCACAUUAACUCAGUUGCAUGGCAGUGUGUGUCACUGACGGAGGUACGGAGGUGGUAAUGUUCUUUUUUCAGGUCAAGGAAUGUGUUGGUGAAUUUUUACUUUGGUAAAAGUUUACGCUUUCCAAGGCACUUGUGACGUUUCUUCAAUGCUUCACUCAACUUUCAAAGAGUAUUUCACACCCACGUAAACCUUUUUUUAACUGUGUUGUUACGAAGGAAAUGUGUUUUAUCAUCAAUAACGUCAUCAGCUGCAGCACUCUAUAUUCAGACAGCAUUGCCUGGUUAUUGUAUUGUUUCCGGGGAUAGCAGGCAGUCAUUAAAAUACUUUAAAUUAUAACAUCGCUUUCGCUAGCAAAGUAAAGUUGAUAUCAUGUUCCCUGUACAGUUAAAACAACGUUAUCAACAGAAUAUUAACUGAAAGAUUUAAGCCGAGCGGCGAAUGAGAGUAUGGGCCCGUGAUGACAUUUCUGGCUUGAUUCAUCAUCAUCGCAUGCGUGCGUGUGUGUGUGACGCUUGUGCCCCAUCCUGUGCCUCUGAACCGUGGUGAGAUCACACGGCCCAAGCACGCGUGGUGUCAAUCAAGAGGUCAUGUCACACCACCACCACCACCUCCUCUUCCAGGGCCGUGAUGCACACAACGCAGCCGCGGUCGGUGGCGCACACGGGAUAAACGAUUCAGAGGCGAAAAAAAUUCGGUGCCCUACCGCAAAAGAUAUGCAGAUGGUACACCCAAGGCCUACCGACAACCCCCAAUGCACUGUCUGAGAUGACACUUCGUGGAAUUCGGCACUGCGAUGAAGGACAGAGAUGCCCUCUGGAGGAGCGGUACAGCGACAGCUCCUGUCUCGCCAUCGAGAAUGGCACCAGCGACACGCGGCGCGCAACCAACGGCAUGCGGGCACCGUCUCCCCUGCCGCCCAGCAGCCGCGACACAUCCAACGUCAGCCCGUCGUACAGCCCGCCCGAGCGGGCCAGGAAGGGUCACUCCGAGGGACUGCUAAUUCGCAGGGCCGACCGCAGUCAGCGCCGCAGUUUCCACGGCCAGUCCGAGAACCAGGCCGCGGUGGUGGCGGCGGCUGCGGCCGCGGCCGCGGCGGCAGCGGCCAGGCCGAAGGUCGUGACCGUGGUCCGGGUUGGCGGCCGCCCCCCGCACCGCCGCAUCACCCUGCUGCUGAACCGGCGCUCGGUGCAGAGCUUCGAAGAGUUGGCGGUGGACAUCUCGGAGGCGCUGGGGAUCCAGCGCGUGCGGCGCCUGUUCACGCUGCGCGGGCGCGAGGCGCGCUCUAUCUCAGACUUCUUCCGCGGUGACGACGUGUUCCUGGCCACGCCGGGGAAAGACCCGCCCUCGUCGGAAGACGUACAGAGCAUCCUGGAGGAGCUGUUCCCGGAGAAUCCGUACGCGCAGCGGCUGGUCGUGCGCGAUAGUCCCAAGUCCCAGACGCUUGUCAAGAAGAGCCCCGAGCGACCGCUGAGGCCACGACGCAGGUCGCAUGACACGGGGCGCCUCCAGCCCGACGGGGAGUUUGACGACGAUGUCAGGACAGAGGUUUCCAGCCCCCGGGGCGCCGUGGCCCAGAGAGAUUACGUCGAGAGGCAGAAGGCCAAGGCUAGACAGGAGGAGAGGGACAAAGCGCACCGGUGGGAGCGCGAGCGCUGGGAGAGGGAGCAGAAAGAGGUGGAGCAGAAGCGGCUGGAGAGGCUGAAGGAGGCCACGCGGCAGGAGUCCCCCGAAGGCCUUCACGCCGUGGAGGAUGAAAAGAAGCCGGAGAAGCUCUGGGACCUUGACGAGGAGGUGAAGAAGAUGGAGAAGAGGAGGGAUCAGAAGAGGCGGAAGAAAGAGGAGGAGGAAAGAGAGCAAGAGAGGUCGCUUCUCGAAAGGGAGAGGAGGUGGCAGGAGUCGGAAGAAAAGAAGAGGGAAAGGAGGUAUUCUGAGAAGGAUCAAGGCAGGAGGACUCUGAAUGAGGCUGACGUAGACCGGCACAGGCGGAUCGUGAUGGACGACCGUGAACGAUUGCGACAAGAAGAGGAGGCUCGGAGGAGGAAAGAGGAGGAGCUCAAAAUAACGCAGGAUGAGCGCAAAUUGGAGGGUGACAGGAGACGGCUCGCGGAGAAGGAGAACGGCACGGAGGAGUACAUCAACGGGGACUUCGACAAGAGGGCACAGAGGCAGCAGAGGCAGGAGGAGAGCUCGGCGGACGACCGUGACAGGGCGAGGCCGAAACACAAAAGCAAGGACAGCGAGAGGAGGAGGAAGCAGAAGAAGCCGCCGGCCAACCAGCGGCCCGUCGUGACGCUCAGGGACAUCGAGAGCCGCUACGAGAUCGGCCGGACCAUCGGGGACGGCAACUUCGCCGUGGUCAAGGAGUGCCGGCGGCGCGUCGGCGGCGGCGUCGUCGGCGAGGGCCGCUCGACGCCGCCGGGCGAGUGGGACCUCGCCAUGAAGAUCGUCGACAAGUCCAAGCUGGCCGGGCGCGAGGAGAUGCUGGAGAACGAGGUGACGCUCACGGCGCGCCUGGGCCACCACCCCAACGUGGUGCGCCUGCUCGAGUCGCUGGAGACGCCCAGCCACGCGUACUUGGUGCUGGAGCGUGUGAGCGGCGGGGACCUCUUCGACGCCAUCACGGAGAGCGUGCGCUUCACCGAGCGCCACGCCGCCGCCAUGGUGGCCGACCUGUGCCGCGCGCUGCAGUACCUGCACGCCAACCUGGUGGUGCACCGCGACGUCAAGCCCGAGAACCUGCUGAUGCAGCGAAAGCUGGACGGCAGCACCAUGCUGAAGCUGGGCGACUUUGGGUUGGCGAUGGAGGUGAGGGGCCCCAUCUACACAGUGUGCGGGACACCGACGUACGUGGCGCCAGAAAUCCUGGCCGAGACAGGCUACGGGCUGGAGGUGGACAUGUGGGCGACAGGUGUCAUCACCUACAUCUUGCUGUGCGGCUUCCCGCCAUUCCGAAGCCUGGAACGAGACCAGGAGGAGCUCUUCGACACCAUCCAGCUCGGGGAGUUCUCGUUCUUGUCUCCGUACUGGGACCACAUCUCCGAGGCUGCCAAGGACCUGGUGAGCCGGAUGCUGGUGGUCGACACCAAGCGGCGCUUCACGGCACGCCAGGCACUGCAUCACCCGUGGGUGACAGGCGGCGGCGCUGGAGACGCCCCUGACCUCCACCGGGAGGUCACCAUGAACAUCCAGAGGCACUUCGCCGACCGCCGGCGUCCUCACCAGCAGCAGCAGUUCCAGAGGAUGCACCCGCACCACCAGCAGCAGCAGCAGCAGCACCGUACGCGCCCCACGUCCGUCAGCUCGGACGUAUGAGCGCGCCGUCGGCGCUGUUACUGCGGCAGUGGCAGACGUACACCGAUCGCGACGAGUGGGGAGGGGCUCGUGUGGAGCCGAGAAGAGCGGGCCCCGUUGCUUCAUCAAAGUCGUCCCCUCCUCCGUUGUUCCCCUACCCAUCGCUGCCACCCACAAUUGCAGCUGCAGCAGCACCAGCGCCACCAGAAACAUCACUAACAGCACCAUCCAUUGCCACCACCACCAGCACUUAAAAAAACCUCCCUAUGUGUGCUGCUUCUCACAGCCUUGGAAUUCCUAGGGGCCACGCGCUUACGGAACAUUUUCCCGCAAACAUCUUUUCUUCAAUCAAAGUGGUAAUUGGAGGUGUGGGACAGGGCUUACUUUUAGCUGGGUCUGUCUGGGUCAUUGAUCCGGAAAUGUUUUCCGUACCCAGCACACCGCAUGCAGUAUACCCCCCUUACUAUGGCUGUGGCUGCUAGUCACGUGCCUCCAACUCCAGUCUACCUGCGACCCGGACAGUAUUCAGUGAGAAAUUAAGCCCUGGGUAUGGAAACCUCGAUCUUUUUUGGUCUGUGUAAGGGAAUUCCUAUUGUGUUGUGUUAACCAUGCGCAAAUAAUGGCAAUGAUAAUAAUUAUAAACCCUGCAAUUGCAGCAUCGCUCCACAACAAUUGCUGAAAAUCUCGUGCAGGCCACACAACGUUGAAAAAAACUUCCCUAUUUACCAUAAAACAGUCGCUAAUUUUAAUUCACACUUCUUAAAGAUGUUUGGCGAGACAUCUCACGAGUUGGCGGAGGGCCGCUAGAGGCUGCAGCAUCGCUCGAGGUGUUUUUUCUUGCCCCAUUUCGGUCCGCCAAGACGGAGAUCUGCCCGCGGCUAACGUGGCCCCCGGCCAGCAUUGGAUUCGCACCCAUCAACACCAAAAUGUUCGUCAAUUUACAAAUGGCAAGGUAUAAUUCCUCCAGCGUGCAUUUGCACACGUGCAGAAUGCCUAUUCACCGGGCUUAAUUCGCCAAUGAGCCCAGCACUCGUCACGAAGAGACUUUUUCAUUGAAAGGGAAGGAUGCGUUCCGCACCUGCGCUUGCUGAGCGCUGAAAUCUUUCUGCAGACGUUAAGAAAAAGAAAAACCUCAUCUCGUCCGUGUGGCUUUUGUAUAAGCAGGGUUAUUCAUCGAUUAUAAUUGUGUUCAAUCGUAGUUUUCGCUAAAUCUAUGAUCAAUUUGCCAAAAUCGUGGUGUCGAUGAUUGCAAUCCAGUUCAGUUUUAGUUAACGAUCGAAACGACAGCCUCGCGAGCGAAUCUUCAAACCACGCGGCGCGUUCCAACGUGCUCGGUGGGCAGGGUUCAUCGGUCACCUCCUGGUUCAUUUGAACAGACACGGAGACACGCACGCAUGCACAGGGUUGGACUUUAAUUGUGAGGCAAUCCGAAAUGUGGGGCAAAGCUGAUGACUUGUAAACGAUCUUGAAUAUGAUUCUCGAUAACGCAAAAAAACUGAAAUGAACAAACGUGUUUGUAAGAGACGCACACGGCUGUGAGUAGCGUAGCCACGGGGAGGGCCUCUCCUGUUGUGGGUCCGACGCCUGCUUCCGGAAUCUUCCACUCUCGCUCCGCCACUACGACCCAAAACCACUUCAUCCACACACCCGCUCGCCGACUAUGAUUUGUAAUUCAAGUUUAUUUAACAUUGUACAUUUGAUUCAGGAUUCCCCCAUUCAGGUCCAAGCCAAGAGAUCGGUUUAUAGAAUGUGUUAGGGUUCUGUAAAUAAUGAACCCGAAUAUAAAUAAGUUGCCGAACCCAAAUAAAUGAUGGACGCGCAAAGUUUAAAAAAAUUAUAGUAUAUAUAAAGAGUAUAUGCUGCUCAAAAUGGACAAACCAAAUUCCAGUGAGCGGAAUGUUUUAAUUUAGUUUCUGUUUUAAUACGUUUUCAGUAUUUUCGUGUUAUAGUUAAAACUUUUAAAUAUUUUCGAUCGAAGUUUUGACCUUUGGAAUGUUACAGUUGGAAGUGUAAUAAAGUAUAGUAUAUAUAUUUUAGCAGUGUUUAUUCAAUUACUGGAACAAAUAUUUUAAGGGACCUCCCAGCUGUACUCGCAUUGCCCCGUUGCUAAGGACAAUGGAUUUUAUGCUGACAAUGGCUUUACGCUGAACCAAUCGGUAAGAAGAAUUGUGGUUUACAGCUUGAUUUACCCUAACCCUUUAUGCACUGGAACAAUCACGUUAUGAUCGGUCAUGGUAUUUCUCUCAGCUACUUCGGACUGUCGUGCUAUAAUUCAGGAUGUAUAUUAAAUGAAGACAAUGACAGUGACGAUGGCGUGAGAAGUGAUGACGGAUGGUGAUGGUGUUGAUGGUGACGACAUUGUGAAGAGUAAACAGUGAUGAUGAUGAUGAUAAAAGGCACUUAAAUUGUGUUUAAUGUCGCAUUAAAUGCAUCUUGUAUUUGCAUCACGUUUUACUGACAUACUUAGCCUCUUGAUUGCCGACUCGUGUUUGGUGAUGGUUUAUUCAUCAUGUAUUGUAUCGACGACAAAAAAAGAAACUAGUUAUUUAUUCUUGAUUAUGGGCCAGUGUUUUGGAAAGGCGUAGCAUAUUACUCUGUAUGACAAAAAAAGAUUAUCUAUGGUAAUUGUUGUCAUGUAAAGUUUAUUACGAGUAUGCCAAUUUUCUUAAGUGUUGAGAGUGAUGUAACAAUUGGUGUUUCUAAUAAACAUAAUUUGCACUGAAUUUAAGUCAUCGUA